AACUGAUAAGUUUGUUUUUUAAAUUCAAAUUUUAAAUUUUUAAAUUAAUGCGGUACAUCAGGCAAUCGAGUAAAAUAAUACAGUUGCAAUUUCGAACAUUUUUAAAAACAUAAUUAAUUAUAGUGACUUUUGUAAUUAUAGAUAUAUUUUUAAAAUAUAUAUUGUAGGAUUUAUUUUGAAUAAAUUAAGGAUUAUUUUUUUUUGACAAGACAUAAUUAGAUAAGAAAAUGAUGCUGAGACUGCUGAUCCUCUUUAUCGCGCUAUCGACAUCAUCAGCCGAGCAACGAAGACAAUUAACUGCUGAAGAAGAAAAAUGCUACAUCGAAAAUCCUGGGCUGCGUAACAGCUUUUCAUGGAUUGAUUACUUAGUAUUAUCAAUAAUGUUACUAGUAUCAUGUUUAAUUGGUACAUUUUAUGGUUUUUUUUCUAAAAAACAAGAAACAAGUAACGACUUUUUACUUGGCGGGUCCAGUAUCGGGACGAUACCGAUGGCGAUGUCUUUAGCUGCGAGUUUUAUAACUGCUAUUGAAUUACUUGGUAAUCCUGCUGAAAUGUAUAGUCAAGGCACGCAAUUUUGGAUGACUUGCAUAGCAUUUGUACUAGUGGUACCGAUAACUUCAAAACUCUACUUACCUGUAUUCAUGAGACUAAGAUUAACUUCGACCUACGAAUAUUUGAACCUCAGAUUCAAUCGUCAUUGCAGAUUAUUCGCAAGUGGGUUGUACAUGUUGCAAAUGAUUUUAUACUCAUCGGUUGCAGUUUACGCUCCAGCAUUAGCUUUAAGUCAUGUUACUGGGCUGGAUACUUAUCUCGCUGUCGCUCUAGUCUACGUCGUUUGUAUUUUCUACGCUUCACAAGGUGGAAUGAAAGCUGUUAUAAUGACAGAUACUUUUCAAGGGGUAGUACUGCUGCUGUCACUUUUUGUUGUCGUGGGUAUGGGCAUGAGUUUAGAAGGCGGGAUAUCGCAGGUUUGGAGUAAAAGUUUUGAAGCAAAUAGAAUUGAGUUCUUCAAUUUUGAUCCACGGCCGACUGUGAGACACAGCUUUUGGAGUGUUGUCAUUGGCGGGACUUUUUAUUGGGUCACUAUGUUCUGUAGUAAUCAAGCAUCUGUACAAAAAUAUCUUAGUGUACAAUCUAUAGGUCAAGUUAAUACAGCACUUUGGGUGUCAUCAUUAGCAUUGACUGUAAUUUAUACGAUAAAUUUCCUUACUGGCAUGAUACUUUACAGUGCAAAUAAAGGCUGCGAUCCACUAAACGCUGGAUAUAUAACCGGGCAAGAUCAAUCCUUACCCCUUUAUGUUAUGAAUUUUUUGGGUAGUUAUCCAGGUAUACCGGGACUUUUUGUUGCUGGUAUUUUUGCAGCUUCUCUUGGUACGGUAGCAAGCGCAUUGAACUCACUAGCCGCACUGACAUGUGAAGAUAUUCUUCAAGGAAUAUUAAAUAUCCAAGUACCAGCGAAAAAAGGAGCAGCUUACGCAAGAUGGAUUAGUAUUUUCUUUGGAAUAUUUAGCUUUGCUUUUAUUUUUGUUAUCGAACGUCUAGGCAGUGUUUUAGAGGUCGCUUUGUCGUUUAAUGGCAUGGUUGGUGGUGUUACACUGGGUAUGUUUUCGUUGGGAAUGUUUGUACCAUGGGCAAAUGCAAAAGGCGCAAUGACCGGUGCGAUAAGUGCUUUCUUGUUAGUAUUAUGGAUUGGUUUAGGAGCACAAAUAGCAGCUUUUAAUGGUUUAAUACACAUUCAAACAAAACAAGUGUCCGUUAGUUAUUGUCCUUGUAUUAACGAAACACUUUAUGAUCAAGAAAUCACUGAAGAUUAUUAUGAAAAUAAUCAAGUUUGGUCACUUUAUAAAAUAAGUUACUUGUGGUACAGCAUGAUCGGAUGUUGCGUAACAGUAUUAGUCGGAAGUGCUGUCAGUUUUAUGACAGUGCCCCAGGACCUUGAUGAACUGGACAGAAAUUUACUGAGUCCAGUGACAAAAUAUUAUAUUGGUAAUUCUUCAUCAGCAAUAAAAAAUAAAUUACCAAAUAACAAUAAUGUACAGGGUGUUACUAAUUUAGCCCUUGAAUUAUUCCUCGAAGAUGAAAGAAUAAAUCAAGAAGUUACCAAGAGUCCUAAGUAGUCAUCACUAAUUUUAGAAACGUCUCCAUGUCUAAAGAUAUUAAUCUCAGGAUUCUCAGGUUCUUCACUGAGAACUUUCAACUCAAAUCGGACAGGAAGUUCAUUCAUAAAAUAUCACCUGACGUCACAGUAGUGUCAUUAAUUAUUAAGUGUAAUCAAUCAAGUUCUUGGAAACUGUGAAGAGGAUUGUAUUUUAUUAAUAAGGAAAAAAAGUA